UUAUUUUCUUUUUUGGUAGUGAAAAAUAAUGUGGACCCGAUUUACACUCGUGUUUCUCUUCGGUGUAUCUGCGAUUAAAGUUCAGUCUGCACAAGAAGAUGAGCUGUGUCCUCGACAAGAGCCCCUUCCUGGAGUUUUGGUCUUGAAGUUAGGAAGCAAUGUUGUGCUUGGCUGCAGAGGCGAUGUCACUGUGGACGAUGUGCCGUUGGCUUCGACCAGUGUCAUAAAUAAAAAAUAUAGAAAGAAGCAGAGAGAAGACAUCACUGUCAACUGGACGUCCCACAGAGUCCAUGCUAAUGCUACACAAAUAACCAGUCUGAAGGGAGAUGCUACAAUUGGAACAUACCAAAAGACUGAUUCUGGUAUAUAUAUCAAAACUAAAGGGGCCACAACGGUCACUGUUAAACCCCCUGUAACCAUAAGAAAGGAACAAAGCACUUUUAGACGUGUUUUGCGUGCUGUCAGUCAAACUGCUGGUCAUGAAGAAGAGGCCUUUGGUAUCACCAUGGGGACAGAUCCUGAUCAAGAUGAUUAUGAGGACUAUGAUUAUGAAGAGGAAGGGUCCAGGGUGACACGAGGAAUCAAAAAGCGAACACGCUGGACUCUCAACGGACGACAAGUGCAUGUUGGAGUGGAAAGGGGAGGGAUUUUAAGACGUCCACAUCUCAGCUUGGCAGAUGUUGGGAAUUACAGCUGCUACAGAGGAGAGAGACUCGUUUCCACGUUCAAAAUCAGCGUAGGGGUGCCCCCAGAGAGACCCACUGUCUUUUGCUACAGGAAGUUUCACACCAGUAAGGUCCGCUGCGAUUGGACGUCCAAACAUCCAGUAACCCCACGGCCGCUGUGUUACCUACUUCUUAUUAGAGGAUUGUUUGGUAACAUCACUCGUGUGCCUUGUUCAUUCUCCCGGUCCCGCUGUUGGUGUGCUUUCCCCGUGGAUGAGGGUGACAGAGCUCUCCAUGUGGCAAAACUGUGUGUGUCGAACACAGCAGGCAGUGCCACGAGCCCUGAACUCAGCCUCAAGCUACAUGAUAUCAUUAAGCCAGACCCCCCGACCAGAGUGGUGGUGAGAGCAGUUGAGGGCCAGAAGCAUAUGCUUAACGUAUCCUGGUCUUAUCCCAGUUCCUGGAAGCGUGGCUUCUAUGUCCUGCAUUUUCAGCUAAGAUACCGACCACAACUCGCAGAGCAGUACCAGAUGAUAAAUGACAGUUUAGACAGAAAACAGUCCUGGACGAUUAAUGAUGCUCUGCCACACACUCAGUAUGAAGUGCAGCUUCGGGCCAAGGAUGAGUUUGACGGUGUUUGGAGUGACUGGACUGAUACUGUAUUUGCAGUCACUUGGUCAGCUCCUGAGACGACUACUUCCUUUGAGAGCAUUACCUUGGAACCCUUUGAGAUGUUUCCUGAAGGUUCUGGAGAAGUUCCUGGUGAAGAAUCAGUGGUAAUUGUUGGGGCUGAUGAUUUUGGAUAUGCUUCCGUGUGGCUGUACGUGUCAUGUGUUUUUGGGCUGUGUUUUAUUGUAGCCCUCACCAUGCUCACGGUCUGUUUCUUGAGGAAUAGGCUGCAUUUCAUGUCUAAAAUAGGAAAACAGACUUUGCCCUUUACAUUCCUCCUACAUUCCUCUCGUCCUCUUCCUACUCCUGCUGCAUCUGAGCAACUUCCAGAGGAGGGAAAGUCACUGAUGUCUCCUCCCAAGCACAGCCAGCAACACUUCCUUCCUGUUCAGCAAGAGGAGCAGGAGGGCAUUCAUCUGCAUAACAUGGAUUAUUUCCUGUCUCAAGGGACUGAGGGUGUGCCAUGAAUGAUAGACGGACAUGAGUAA